AUGCGUCCUGCCGGGGUACUGCUGGUCAUCUGUGGCCUGGUCCUGGGUGCCACGGGGGACCCUUCACAAGAUUUUUGUUACCAGAUCCUUAACUCGGGUGUAAAGCCAGGAUUUCCCAAGACUAUCAAGACCAAUGACCCGGACGUCCUCAGGGCAGCCAGACACAGUGCCGAGAGCUUCAACAACUGCAGCAACGACGCCUUCCUGUUCCGGGAGUCGCACGUCAGCAGAGCCCUCGUCCAGAUAGUGAAGGGCCUGAAGUUCAUGCUGGACCUGGACAUCAGCAGAACCACCUGCAAGAAGACCAGGCACUCGAGCCUGGACGACUGCGGCUUCCAGACCAACCGCACCCUGAAGCGGACUCUCAGCUGCUACUCUGAAGUCUGGGUGGUCCCCUGGCUCCAGAGCUUCGAGGUGCCUGUCCUCCGCUGUCACUGACUCCCGCCUCCCA